CACAUUCAAACACAACGAGCCACGUUCGUGGCGGACGGCUCUGGCAGCCGGACCGGAUAUGGUGCGCCUGUUUUGUGAGGCGGAGAAUCCCGGAGAGCGGGUAGAUUGGCUCCCAGUUCUCUAGUUGUUCGGAUGACAGCAGUCCCUCAUGGCGCUCAUUCAUGAACCUCGUGCCCCCUCUCCUUCUCUCUCUGGCUUCAACACACCCCUCUCCGAUCCUCCAUCAUUUCGGCGGCUCGAUGCAGAAACACCCUGCACCCCGGAAAUGGACCUGACCCCCACUCAGUGCGUCCUUCGCAACGUGCUCUCCAUAGAUACUGGCGGUGCUGUCGAGCCCGGGGGCGGAGAGGGUCAGACUACCGGGCACAACCAGACACCAGGCGAGGAACAGCAGGAGCACUUUGCGAACAGUGUCCUGAAGCUCCACGAGCAUGAUGGGAGUCCUGGAAGGACAGAGGGAGAGGGGCAGGAGCCGGACAGCAGCGCGGUCAGGAGCAUGUGUUCUGAUGCCAGGCUACAGUGCCAGUCUACCGGAGGGGGAGGGGGGUUUCUGGAGGGAUUGUUUGGGUGUCUGCGUCCUGUCUGGACUAUGAUUGGAAAAGCCUACUCCACAGAGCACAAACAUGACCUGGACGAGGCAUGGGAGGUCCCAUUCGAGGAGAUAUCGGACCUGCAGUGGGUGGGCAGCGGAGCCCAGGGUGCCGUCUUCCUGGGUAAACUGCACGGACAGGAGGUGGCAGUAAAGAAAGUGAGAAAUAUCAAAGAGACUGACAUCAAGCAUCUCCGCAAGCUCAAACACCCCAACAUCAUCACUUUCAAAGGUAUUUGUACCCAGGCUCCAUGUUACUGCAUCAUCAUGGAGUACUGUGCCCAGGGGCAGCUCUACGAGGUGCUGAGAGCAGGCAGGAAGAUCACUCCAUCCCUGCUCAUGGACUGGGCCAUGGGCAUCGCCGGGGGCAUGAACUAUCUUCACCUCCACAAGAUCAUCCACAGAGACCUCAAGUCACCAAACAUGCUGAUCACCUACGAUGACGCGGUGAAGAUCUCUGAUUUCGGCACGUCCAAAGAGCUCAACGACAAGAGCACCAAGAUGUCCUUUGCUGGGACGGUGGCCUGGAUGGCUCCUGAGGUCAUUCGCAACGAACCCGUCUCUGAGAAGGUGGAUAUUUGGUCAUUUGGCGUUGUGCUGUGGGAGAUGCUGACAGGAGAGGUGCCCUAUAAGGAUGUGGACUCCUCCGCUAUCAUCUGGGGAGUGGGCAACAACAGUCUACAGCUGCCUGUACCCGAUAGCUGUCCGGACAGCUUCAAACUGCUCCUGAGGCAAUGCUGGAACUGCAAGCCAAGAAAUAGGCCAUCGUUCCGACAGAUUCUCCUGCAUCUGGACAUCGCCUCAGCGGAUAUUUUAUCUACUCCACAGGAAACUUACUUUCAGUCUCAGGCGGAGUGGCGAGACGAGGUGAGGCACCACUUUGAGAAGAUCAAGUCGGAGGGGACGUGUCUGCACAGGCUGGACGAGGAGCUGAUCAAACGACGCAGAGAAGAACUCAGACAUGCACUGGACAUCCGGGAGCACUAUGAGAGGAAACUGGAGAGAGCCAACAAUCUCUACAUGGAGCUCAAUGCUAUCAUGCUGCAGCUGGAGAUCAAAGAGAAAGAACUGCUCAAGAGGGAGCAGUCACUGGACAAGAAGUACCCGGGCUGCUUCAAGCACCACAGUUCCAGACAGUCCGCCUCCUCCAACUCGAUGGAGAAACUGAUGAAGAAACGCAACGUACCUCAGAAACUGCCCUCACACAGCAAGAGGCCAGACUUACUAAAGUCAGAGGUUAUCCUCCCCAAACUGGACUCGUCCAUGACCCAGGUCACAAUACCCAACAAAGGCUCUACCUCCCCGGGCCGCUCACGCCGAGGAAAACCCCGCUACAGGAAGGCUGGAAAAGGCAGCAGUGGGGAUUUGGCUCAGCUAAAAGCCACUCUCUCUUCGUCUUUAGCAAUUGUCAAUGCCACCUCAUCUGUUCCAAGUUGCAAGCACCAUCUAGACCCCAGUGCAGCCCUCAGGGGCCUGCAGCAUGACCUGCUGCUCAAGAAGAUGUCCUCCUCCAGCCCCGAUCUCAUUUCAACCACCCUGGAGGCUGAAGGCCGGAGGAAGGGGCAGGUCAGGCCUGGCCUGGACAGAGCCGGCAGUCAGAGCGCCUCAGCCGGUCUGGGGGAGAGCAGAAUGACUGGAGGGCCGCAGGAAGGGCACGAUGUCGGUGUGGGUACUGACGAACUGGCAGAAACACCUCCACGCAGUGACACGCCCAGCGAAGACGCAGCUUCUAUUCCGUUCUCCAGCAGCCCCGAUUCACCGUGUGGCAGGGGAGCUGCUGCAGGCAGAGCGUCUGUGCUCGGGAGCACCCGUGUUCCCCACGAGGGUGAGGAGAAGGAGGAUGGAACGGUUAUCACGCGCUCACCCCGAAGUCAACGCCUCACACCUGCAGCGCUGCUCUACAGGGCAGCAGUGACACGCAGUCAGAGACGCGGAGUGUCCUCAGAGGAGGAAGAAGGAGAAGUGGACAGUGAAGUGGAGUUGCCGAGAAGACGGCGUCCCGUGAGCAUGAGCAAAUGCCAGUCCCUGUCAACGUUUAGCUCAGAGAACUUGUCGGUCUCGGACGGCGAGGAGGGAAACACCAGUGACCACUCCCACAGCGGCACACCGGACGUGGUCAGCACCAACACCGAUGAGCGUCUGGACGACAAGAGCGAUGACCUGCUGUCUCAGGGCUCAGAGAUUCCCGCCGACCCGUCUGACCCGACCCAGCUGGGCUCCGAUGGACUGUCUGAGAAGGAAGCUAUUCUACGACAAGUCAAGACCCACCUCACUUCAAGUGACCAUAAUUAUGAGGGCCAGUAUGAUGACUCGGACUGUGACAGUGCAGAGCUGGACCAUUCAGGCAGUGCAGAGCCCAGCCAACCUCCAACCAACUGGUGAAAACCCAACGUCUCAACCCACUCAGACACGCGCAGAUCUGGCCUCCGAAUGCCUCUUUCGCUCUCACAGACCUUAGAAAACACUGAGUCAUGAUCAGGGAUAUAGCGGAGGGGGCAGGAAAUGAAGGCCUGUCUCCUUCAAUCACAAGCAGCAACACAAAACAAAUCCUUGUUGAGUGGGAUCAAAAACCUGGAAAUAUCCUGGGGGAAAAAAAAAAAAGAAAAAAUCCCACUCUGUUUGAGAUAAAUGCAUCACAGGGAUGUGAAAGUGGAGUGGGGCACUAGCCAAGCUGACGGAGCAGCUCUGUUCCCUCCAUAGCAACUGGCCGAAGAUCAGCCUUGCAAAAACACAUCGAAUGACACCUCAGCGACAGAGGCCUCAGUCAAAAGAGGCCAUCUACACGACCGUCUGUUCACGUCUCUUGUCAUCUUCCAUGUCAGUGUGUAUUUUUAUCUCCGUCAUGAAAAUGUGUGUCGUGUUAUUUCAUGUCGUGUCAUAUGAGAACAUGUUAAUGAAAUCCUAUCAGGGCUUCUAUUAUAUGUUAACGUUUCAAUUGUCAGCAUUACUGGGACACCCACUGAUGUUGCUACUUGCACUUAAUUUAUGAAAUGUUCUGAUGUCGUUGUAAUCAUUGUGUCAUAUCCUCUCAAAAGAUUAUGCACUGACUAAUUUAUUGUUAAUUUACAGUGAAUUCAUUGACAUUUUAAAAAAAACAGUUUACAUUUUUCAUUUGUGUUGUUUACAUUUUUUAUUUACAUUUGUAAGAUGGAUUAUGUUGCCAUUUUCUACUUCUGUGUUUUAAUAUCGAUGUAAAUAUGAGAUGUUGUACAAUGAACAAAUUUUUAAAAUGUGAGAUUGUAUAAUUUAAAGGUGCUGAUGUUUUUAAUUAGGUGGAGCUACUCUAUUUGAACCUCAAAAAGCUUAUGGUAGUAGAAUGUACUGUAGCUGCUGUUCAUGUCUGAGCGUCGAAACACAGAGAAAAGAGGAACAACAGGUGAACAAAGAAAAAGCAAUAUGUCUGCUCUGGUACAGUAUGUCCUGUCAUA